UGGCAUCGCUAACAACAUUACCGUUUGUCGAUCAAGCUACACGUGCUUUACCAUCGCUGAAGGUGCAUAGUUCCCAAAAAGGGCUAAGGCAUAAAUUUUUUAUUGCGACUUGCACCAUAAAUUUGGUUUUUGGUAAAAUGCUGUCAAUCGAUGAAAUUGCAUGCGUGUACAGCGCUCUGAUUUUGCAAGAUGAUGACAUCGCAGUAACACCUGAAAAAAUUUCUACCAUCUUGAAAGCUGCUAAUGUUGAUGUGGAGUCAUAUUGGCCAGGUCUGUUUGCUCGCUGUUUAGAAAGUGUUGAUCUUAAACAGUUAAUAUCCAAUGUGGGUACUGCAAGUGUAGCUCCUGCUGCCUCUGCAGCUGCUCCAGCUGCUGCUGCUGAUUCAGGAAAGAAAGAGGAGAAAAAGGAAGAAAAGAAAGAAGAAUCGGAGGAAGAAGAUGACGAUAUGGGCUUUGGCUUGUUUGACUAAAAGGGACCCAGCAACUGUUUUUAUAAUAAAAAUUACUUUUUUCAAGUA